AGCCAAGCAUUUUACUUUGCGCAGUUGCUAUAUGUUUGAUAUUCGGCGAAACUGGCGUCGCGGCAUCAGACACGAAAGUAAAGAAAAUGAGAAAAGGUAAGUGUGGCAAUCUUAGGUUGGAGAGAAUCUUAAGCCUUAUUUAUUAUGGUGAAAUGUAGGCAGUUACAGAGAGAAGAAUCUGAGGUGGAAACCUCGUAAAUUCGGAGGUUAACAGAAGAUUUCCGACGCCACUUAAAUCCGUCGCUGAAAAUAUUCCCAAACUAGCUGAUGAUAGAUUUUGAAUUAAAAUCGACAUGACAUGUAUGUGGAAGAUUUGAAUUUUUCGAAGUAAAUAAAAUGAAUUUCCUUUUCUUCCGUGACAAAAAAUUGAAGUUAAGAACUAAACGCCUUGAGUUGGUGAUGUUUCCAUGAGAUGUGCGCCAUUUUUCCCAUGAUAUUCGUUCAUCCGCUCAAGACACAUUUGAAUCCAUAAGCAGUUUGUUUACGAACACCACAGUCAGUGAGACAUUCGUGAUGUUGAGAUGUGAAAAAGAAGUGAUUAAUUCUUCUUCAUUAAGUUGCAUCAGAAUGAUUAUAAGGUAAACUUGAUUAAUUCAGGACUGAUGUUAAUUUUUGAGAGGCUGAUUCCUGAUGCUGUUUAUACAAGAUAAGUCUUUCUACCUUGAUUUGCAUCAGUAUAUCUCUCUUCUAGUUGUUUUAGUUGAUUUUUGACUUAAUGUCAGGCUUUUUCAGCUUAGCUCAAGGGUUGAUCGGAAAUAGAAACAAGACGGUUAAUGAUGCCUUGAUAUAGAGCGAGUGUUUUUCUGUUUAAGAUGUUUACAAUAAUCAUUGAUCAAUUAUCUAUAAGACUUCUCUGUUUUUCAUAGCAACAAAUGAAGUGACUUUGUGGAGGUCCUUCAACGUGUUUUCAGUUGCCAACAGCAUCGCUUAGUCUUGUGACACUGAGGAGACCGAAAUGGAGAGAAUGGAAAAUCCCUUUAAAAAUUUGCAUCCGAAAAUCUAUCAUAGGCAGAAAAAUGCAGCGUUCAAAAGAAGAAAUGACAAUCUGAACAAAGAACUUGAAAAAGACCACAACGACAGGCUCCCUUUGAGUUCAUCAAGACACAAUGACUUAACGUCAUCAGUCAAGAUGAACAGUCAGUCGGUAAUUGACCAGCAGAAUGUAGCAAAAAGAAGAGAAAGAAAAACUAGAAGAGAGGGAAACUCAGAAAGGACGCCCUGUUCGGAUGAUUAUAAUGAACUAGAGAACUUGAACCGAAGAAACACUUGUGUGUCGAGGAGGAUUUUUGAAGAGGAAAAUCUCGUCCUGCCCUGGCUCGACUCUCCGAACACUUCACGAGGCAAUCCAAGGUCAAUGCAAGAGAACUUGAGGGGAAAACCUUUUGGUGAAAAUAACAAAGGACUUUUGCCACCAAUAGAGGUGGUACCGAGUUUUAUUUGCCUGACCAGUGGGAAUGACAGAAAACCUGAGAGAAAAGGAUGGCGUGAGGGAAUUAAAUAUGUUAUGGGUCCAAGGCUCACUGAGAAUGAAAAAUUCCUGUGGAAUACGUGCUGUGAUCCUAGCGACCGUCUAGGAGAAGACAACGGGAACAAAAUUUCCGCAAAGGAAAGAAAUCGUGGAGACAGAGGCUUUCCGGAGUGUGACAAAAGAAGGACAUUAUGUAACUUAGACAGUGGCAUUACUCAGGCUUAUUGCUCCAAGAAUGACGCGAAUAAUAACAUAAAACACCACGUGACUGCACAAAUGCUACCUUCUCGGACUAAUGGACACUAUGACACCGCUACGGAGGAAACGAGAAUGAGCUACAUGGUCUUAAAGGCGAGGAUUCAUCGGUCAACUUUCUUUUAAAAAAAUUACGGUUUUUCACUUAUCAUUUGAAGGUGAAAAUGUUGAUGUGUAUAAUAAAAUCUUGGUUAACAAUCAUAAAUCAAUGAAAUUCAUGUUAUUUGACAGAAUAUUUAUUUAUUACAAGUACGCUCGGUUUGAUUUUCCAGUUUCAAACCCCGACAAAAAAAACACCUCAAGCUGUUAUCAUUAACUUAACGAACUGAAAGGGUUAUUUGUUCUACUGUAUAAAGAUACAAAGACUGCG